GCUCUCUGUUUUCAAAAUGUUUGCGUAAAGAAGAAGAGUAGUAUCUCUGUCAUAAUAUUUUCCUUGUUUUUUUCUUGAUAGAUUCAUCUUUUUCUCGACGAAUCAGAAGUAGUAGUAUUUAAUUUGUCUUAUUUUGAGCAAUGGGGAAAAAAGAGCAGAUCAACAAUGAAAAGCACAAAGACAAAGAAAAAGUUCAAGCUGUUGUUCAACUUCUCAAGAAACAAGCUCCUCUUACUGUUAAACAGGAGAAGAUGUGUAACAAUGCUUGUGUAGAGAGAUUUCUGAAAGUGAAAGGUGAAAAUGUGAAGAAAGCUGCUAAGCAUUUGAGGAAUUGUCUGAACUGGAGAGACUCUUUAGGCAUUGAUCAUCUUAUUGCUGAUGAAUUUUCUGCUGAGUUAGCAGAAGGAGUAGCUUAUGUUUCUGGUCAUGAUGAUGAAUCUAGACCUGUUCUGAUUUUCCGGAUCAAGCAAGAUUACCAGAAAUUUCACUCACAGAAACUGUUUACUCGGUUGCUGGUGUUUACAUUGGAGGUGGCAAUUCAAACCAUGGCCAAAAGUGUUGAGCAAUUUGUUAUUCUAUUUGAUGCAAGCUUUUUCAGGUCCGCUUCUGCUUUUAUGAAUAUCUUGUUGGCUUCACUGAAAAUUAUUGCGGAUUAUUAUCCUGGAAGACUUCACAAAGCUUUUGUUAUUGAUCCUCCUUCACUUUUCUCUUAUCUUUGGAAGGGUGUGAAGACAUUUGUUGAUCUAGCACCAUUAACAAUGGUGGUAUCAUCACUUGACUUUGAAGAGUCAUUAGAAUUUAACGACUUCACUGCAUAUCCAAGAGCUGCAUCUCUUAGAUUCAAUCCUUCUUCAAUAUCUUCAAAUGGCAAAAUUGGAUCAUGCUCGUCAUCAAGAUUCUCAUUUACGGUCUCACAUCAUUUCGACUCUGUGAAGCCAUGGUACUUGUCAUUAACUGACACCUCAUCAGCUAAAGUGGGAUCAUCAGCUAAAGUGGGUCCAACCCUGGGCCCAGCAGCCAUCUCACCACUCAAUGCUAGGUCCUACUCAUUUGCAUCACCCAUUGACAGGACACCACGUGGCAACAUGGGUGGCCCCAUGAAAAAGGGAUUUUUCCCAUCUACACCUUUGCCACAAAAGAGUCAAGAAAUGGCUGAUCAUUCAGAAACUCGUCAUCCUAGGGCUAUGAGGCCAUCUUUUUUUCAAUCUCCGGCUAUGUUCUUCAAGAAAGAUAGUGGUAAGAACCAUAUUAUUAGUCGGGUCGAUAAAUAUCGAGAAUCUUUUCAACCGUUCUUGAAAUUCUAUCGAAGGCCCUAUGAUGAAAUGAUUUAUAGGUCAAAGAUGAGACCCCCUCUAGGUGGACUUAUCUCAAUCGUCUCACCACAUAUCAGGCGUCGACACAUAUCUGUUUCUCAACGGUUUUGAUCGAUGUAAGAAGCAAAGAAGGGAAGAAAGAGGGGCGUAAGCACAACAGAUGUCGUAUAAUUGAGUGAUAGACAACAAUGAAAGCGGAAACUUUACUUUUACUUUUCAAUUAUCAGGAUUGUUCUGAUUAAUCUAUUUAAGUACAUAGAUAUAUUUCGUUACUAUGAUCAUUGAGCAAGGAGUUUGCUUGCUCCUCAACAAAUAAUAGAUUAAUUGUUUAAUUAUCAAUUCUCCCAAUGUUUCGCAAUUAAUCAAUUGUGUUUGACUAAAGUGAGAUUUUUAAUUUUAAUUGUUUCUCUAUGGUAAGAAAUGGAAAAAUAGACAACGUCCAAGGUCGGAUGUGAAAUAUUGUGCAAAAA